AUGAGAGUCCCUAUGAUGCCAGAAGCGCUGGAGUUUGAGUGUACCAUCACCAGUAACCCUGGAAUCAACUGCAGCGUAUCUUCCAACGGUUCGAUCACAAUACAGACAGAAAACGGGCCAAUUAUCAUCUGGUUGCAUCGAAUAAUCAAAGAAAAGCGGAUUUUGAUCGAAUCCAUUGGAGAAAAGCCUAUUCGAACAGCGCCGUCCCCGUCUGAGAGCAGUAUGAGCGAAACGAUAUUCCGGUUUGCAGGAAAUAGCAGUGCAAAUGAUAUAGAACAUGAUGAGGACAACAACACGCCAGAAAUUCUUUUCGGAAAAGACAUUCAGAGUAUCAAAGAACCUAGGAAGAGCUUGGAAACCCCAAAUUUGGACGUAUACUUGACAGACUUUUGUCAAAACCUCUCGGUCAAGAUUUGGACAGGAUGGAAGUCAAAGAAACAGAAAGACAAGAAGAGCUUGGAAGCGUUCCUUUCAGAUUGGCACCAUCUAUUCGAUCACAUGAACUUUUCAUCUCCCGAACAAUGGUCGUAUAAAACUGUAGUCGCUUCUGAAAAAUAUGGCAACCUCCAGCUUCCUUUCCACAAGGCGAGUCUUGCUACCUGGUGGAACAAUGGCUCAGGACGGGGGGAUUCGACGGUCAUUGCGCGUCGCCAGAAACAAAUGGUUUUGGCGUUGGAGCCGGGAUAUGGAGAGUUCACAUCAAAGUUGAAGAAUACGACGCGAAGGCAGAUCCAAAGAUACAUAAUCCAGGGUAACAUCAUCUGCCUGUUAUUCCGUCUGUCCCCUGGUUUGGUUAUCACAGCCUCUGAGUUCAUAUCAACGACUGAGUACGAUACUCUAUGGAAGAACCAAAGAUAUCCAUCUGUAAAUGAGUUUAGCUGGCUAAGUAAGGAGCUGAUUGAAGAAUCAGAGACAUACUCGGAGCCAGUUCGAAGGAUAUUCCAAGACCUGCAUGCAAAAUAUAAAUCUGUUCAAGAUCAAGACCGGAGUCCUGCAGUUUUCUAUACUCCGCAACCGUCAAUACUAUACGAAUGUGGUAAUGGUGUUACAUCACUUGAAGAUUCUAUCGAAACAAGUACAAAUGCUACUAAACGACGGAAAACUUCAAGACAUGGCAUGUCCACUACUCAGGCGCAACGGCACAGCAAUUUCAAAGAUGACCAGGGCGGUCACACGCCUAGUUUUCAAGCUACUCUUCCUGAUAUUCAUGGAGCGCACGAAGUCCCUGAUAUUACCCUUGCAGCGGAUAUCCUUCACUCGCUCCAACAUGGUAGCCACAACCAUGCGAGCUUUGAUGCAACCGGGUUCUCGCCUCUAGUGCAGUUUCAAUCCUCAUCGGUCGCCUCAGGUGCUUCGGAAGAAUGCAGCAUGGCAGUGCCUAGUGUUGCCUUUAAAGAAGUGAGCAAUGUGUCAACGGAGGAACAUCAGGCAUCGAAUGACGGCAGCGGUGAAUCUGUCGCACAAUCAACUCUUUCAUUAGUGACUGAUCUCCAUCGCUCAAAGUUUGGCCAACAGCAUUCAUCUAUUCAACUUGGUGUGCUAUCAGACGGACUAACGGACAACUUGACUUCAAAUAAUGUAGAUCUGCCGAGCCAAGGCCUAGGCGAUGAAGAGCUCGAGUCUCUGCAACCAACAGUAGCAGAUGGGUUAUUUUUGAGCGACUUCAUGCAGGAAUACCAGGAAAUCAUGUAA